CUCUUCCAGGAGAGGUCCCCGUGCGAGCAUGCCCAGUGGAAGCCGCUAGUUUGGCUCGGGUCUAGGUUUCCAGUAAGUGGCAUGCGGGACCCUGGAGAGAUCCCAAUGAGCUGAGCAGAGAGUCUUUGUGUACAGAGGGAGGAGGCGACGGCGGCGGCCGCCUGGCCUGGAGACCCCGCCCGGGAAGCCCCCCGCAGGAACAAUGCUAGCCUGCCUGACCCGGGGGAAUUUACUGGACGUCCUGCAGGAGGGCUUCAAUGAGCAACAGCUGCAGGCAUAUGUGGCCUGGGUGAACGCACAGCUGAAGAAGAGGCCAACGGUGAAGCCUGUGCAGGACUUGCGACAGGAUCUUCGGGAUGGGGUGAUCCUGGCGUAUCUCAUCGAAAUUGUUGCAGGAGAAAAGCUGAGUGGGGUACAGCUGAGUCCCAGUAACCAACAGGAGAUGAAGAAUAAUGUGGAGAAAGUGCUACAGUUUGUGGCCUCCAAAAAGAUUCGUAUGCACCAGACUUCGGCUAAAGAUAUUGUGGAAGGAAACCUGAAGUCUAUCAUGAGGCUGGUCCUUGCCUUGGCAGCUCAUUUCAAACCUGGCUCUAGCAGGACGGUGAGUCAAGGACGGGACUCCAGAGCCCCUCUGCAGAGUCACCAACCACACUGUGCCACUGCCGUGGCCCAGGGAGCAGCUGCUGCUCUGGCCGAUGUGUGUCAUGACGUGUCACGGUCGGGACGGGAUGUCUUUCGAUACAGACAGAGGAACAGCAGCAUGGAUGAGGAGAUUGAGAAUCCCUACUGGAGUGUGCGCGCCCUGGUGCAGCAGUAUGAAGGGCAGCAAAGGUCCCCAUCUGAGUCCAGCUGCUCCAGCCUGACUUCACCCAGUCCUAUCCAUAGUGCAAAGAGCGAAUCCAUUAUAACCCAGUCGGAGGAGAAGGCAGAUUUUGUGAUUAUUUCCUCUGAAGGAAUAGAGAACAGAACAGAGGAGACAGACUCUCCAUUAUCCCGAGACUGGCUACCAGGCAGCCCGGGAGCCUAUCUGGAGACUUCAUGGGAAGAACAGCUGUUGGAACAACAAGAACAUUUAGAAAAAGAAAUGGAGGAAGCCAAGAAAAUGAUAUCAGGAUUACAGGCGUUACUGCUCAAUGGAUCCUUACCUGAAGAUGAACAGGAGAGGCCCUUGGCCCUCUGUGAACCAGGAGUCAAUCCGGAGGAACAAUUGAUUAUAAUCCAAAGUCGUCUGGAUCAGAGUAUGGAGGAGAAUCAGGACCUAAAGAAGGAGUUGCUGAAAUGCAAACAAGAAGCCAGAAACUUACAGGGAAUAAAGGAUGCCUUGCAGCAGAGGUUGACUCAGCAGGACACAUCUGUUCUUCAGCUCAAACAAGAACUACUGAGGGCAAAUAUGGACAAAGAUGAGCUGCACAACCAGAAUGUGGAUCUGCAAAGGAAGCUAGAUGAGAGGAACCGGCUCUUGGGAGAAUAUAAAAAAGAGCUGGGGCAGAAGGAUCGCCUCCUUCAGCAGCACCAGGCCAAGUUGGAAGAAGCACUCCGGAAACUCUCUGAGGCCAGUUACCAGCAGGUGGACCUAGAGCGGGAGCUGGAACACAAAGAUGUCCUUUUGGCUCACUGUGUGAAAAGAGAGGCAGAUGAGGUGACCAACUACAACAGUCACAACUCUCAAAGCAAUGGUUUCCUCCUUCCAGUGGCAGGAAAGGGAGCUGCUUCCAUCACUCACAGAGGGACCAGCGACCUGCAGCUUGUUCGAGAUGCCCUCCGCAGCCUGCGCAAUAGCUUCAGUGGCCAUGAUCCUCAGCACCACACCAUUGACAGCUUGGAGCAGGGCAUCUCUAGCCUCAUGGAGCGCCUGCAUGUCAUGGAGACCCAGAAGAAACAAGAAAGAAGGGUUCGGGGCAAGUCACCCAGAACUCAAGCAGGUAGUGAAUAUCGGGAGUCCUGGCCCCCUAAUUCAAAGUUGCCUCACUCACAGAGCUCUCCAGCUGUCAGCAGCGCCUGCACUAAAGUACUCUAUUUCACUGACCGGUCCCUUACACCCUUCAUGGUCAAUAUACCAAAGAGGUUGGAGGAGGUGACACUGAAGGAUUUUAAAGCAGCUAUUGACCGGGAAGGGAAUCACCGGUAUCACUUCAAAGCGCUGGAUCCUGAGUUUGGCACUGUCAAAGAGGAGGUUUUCCACGAUGAUGAUGCCAUCCCUGGAUGGGAAGGGAAAAUUGUAGCCUGGGUGGAAGAAGACCAUGGAGAAAAUUAAUGCUGAGUAUUAUAUUAGGGGCCUGUAGAACUUGGCACUCCUGGCUGCUUCACUCAGGAAAGAGAACUAAAACCAGAAAACACUAAGAAGUUUCUAGUUCAUGCUGCCAAAACAGAAACUUCUCCAAAAAACACUAAGUUUCUAGUUCGUGCUGCCAAAACAGAAACUUCUCCAAGUGUGACAGUCGCAGGCAAGUCUUCUUUCUUUGCCUGGCAUACGUGGUACUUAAAAUCCCUGUUCAAAUGUAGACCAUGGGUUCAUCUGGAGUUCCUUGUCCGUGGGAACGCAGUGUUUUAUUCUACUCUGAGGACAACAAACCGAAGGCCUUAACCAAUGGGAAUGGAUGAUCCCGCUCCUGUAGGCGCAUGGCUGCUAUUAUCUGGAACCUGGGAAUUGGAUGCAUCAUUCCUGUGUGUUACAGUAUUAUUUUAAUUGGCCUCAAUGGUUGCAGCAAUCAGAGUCCCAGCAUUUGUACUCACAGACAAGGCAAAGGUACCAGCUUUUUUUGCUUCUUUGCAGCUAUUGCAAACCAAGAAUAAACUCAUGAGGUGGUACCAAAGAUGAAAGCCCACUCUUCAGGAAUCUUUUGGACUGGACAUGGAUGGUGCUGACUUGCUGAUUGGAUGGAAAAAGGGCUGCC